UCACAAUCACAAUCCACAUAAUUAUUCACAAUGCUGUAAUUUCGCUGUCUGUUUUGAAUGUAAUAGCAUUUUCUUUUAUAUCUUUUGAAGUUGGAUAUUAUUCCCCUCACAAAUACAAUCGAGAUAAUCAAAUUGCGCUUGUUAUCGUUGUGACAAUGUAUUUUCUCUGUUCUAAACUUAUUUGUAGGAGCACCAUCAUCAAUUCACAACUAAGAAGUUUGAGAAAACUACACGAUCAAAAUGAAAAACGUAAAAAGAUGCAGUUACAAGCUCUUUCAAGGUACAUGGAAUUCAUCAAACGAUAUACGGACAUUUUGGAUAAAAAUUUCCCCACUGCCAUGCGUUUGUACAGGCAGUUCACUUACGGUGUCAAGGUAUGGCCUCUAGAUAUAAAAACAUUUUAUCUCAUUCACAGUGAGUUUGAAUCUAAUUCUACAAAUAUAUCAAUCAAAAAGUACCAUGGAGAGGCACUUGUUCACCAGGUGAUCGUCGGGUCCUCGCAUAACAUGACCAUACCAUCUCAGCCUGGACUCUUUAAGUUUCUCAGCAAUAGGCGCUACCUUAAAACUGCCACGUACUACUUUCCUCGGCAGCUGUUGACGCGACACUUCUGGUCGCUGCAGCAGAGAUCGGAGUUCGCAAUAAUGGUGCAAAGGAAGAAGCUGAGGUGGUACAAGCCGGUGUUCCGCAGCCUGCAGGCUCAGCUGGAAGUGCUGCAGUCGCACCCCUGCCACAAGGACUGGGAGUAUGUCAUUCGACUGCUGGGCAGUGGUUUGCAUCCCAGUCCAACCACCAUUAUCAAGUGCAAGCCUCUCUUCGCAGAGUCGCCCUACCAUCUCAGACGAUUGUAUCAGAGUCACGCGAGGGCAUUGUUGAAGAUGCACGACAUGCAUACAGGGUGGAGAAGAAGGACGCGAUUGGCGGAGAGAGCUGAGUUCCUGCAACUGAUGGACCAGGCCAUUCUCAGGGAAGGUGGCGUCAACAGACUAACCAUUGAAGAACUCAAAUGGGCGUGCUCAAUCCGUGGCCUCAGUCCUACCAACAUGAAAACCGAAGACAUGAUAACAUGGCUGAAUGCUUGGUUAACAAUCUCCAAGGAAGUAGACGAACACAGCUAUUCGCUUCUGUUGCAUUGCCCCAUCUUACUAUCCUACAAUCAUCCCUCGAAUUGGGUCAUCAGAUAAACCACCAAAAUAAUACUGUGUGAUAUUCUCAUUUUGUGGGCAAUGUUUGCCCCGGUUUUUCUCAUAUACCAAAACAAUGUACAUAGUAGAGUUAGAUAUGAUUGUGAUUUUAUACUUCCAUACGCUUAUCAAUUAUACAAUGUCCUAGAUGAAGUUAUUUAUUUUUAAUGUGUAUAAUAUAGCAAUCAUACUUACACUUCAUUAUUCAUUGAUCAGAAAAUUAUUCAAAAUCACGAUUAUCAUUAAAUACUGGUUUUUGUUUGUAGAUUGAUGCAAAGUUACAAGUGAUGAUUUAUUGUCCACUCAAAUGAGUAACAGAAGAUUUUUCUUUGUUGGAUGUUACAAUGGUAGUGGUUAUUGAUUUUUUUACAUAAAAGACAUGAUUCAACAUGAAGAAAUGUAUUAAAAAUAUAAUUGUUAUAUUAUUUCAAUUCAAUAUGAAGUUGAAAUUAUGUUUCAUAUCAGUAUAAGAAUGAAAGAACUAUUUAAUAGUUGAUUUCCGUGACGAAUCUUACCACUAAUUAAUUGAACCAGACAAGUGCCAUUCAUUAGGUAUUACAAUAUAUGAUUGUUGCUCACUUCAUUGUAUCCUGUAAAAUUUUGUCAAAAUAGUUAUCUUCUUUUUUUAAUGUGUUCUGAUAAAUUGAUUGGAGGUUGAAUUGGUUCCAUAAUCAAAUUAUGGUACCUAUUUUGUGAAAUAUUUGUUAACACUCAGUGUCAUAAGACAGUAUAUUUUUUGUCACGAGAGUAUUCAUUCCAAUUGAUAGAAAAUUUUUU